AUGACCUCCAUGGGGAGCUCACUGCCCAUCCCGGGCAUCCUCCGGCAACCCAGUGAGGGGACUCCUGAGCCUCAGAGACAUCUGGCAGUACCAAGAGCCACCAGCUCCCUGGGCAUCAACAGAGUGGCCAACGGCUCCCCCGUCUGCCUGGAAGCCUGGGACCCUGCGUCUGCUGGCCCUGCCCGCCUCAGUCUCUCCCUCCUGCUCUUCUUUGUGCCCCUGAUCAUCACCGCGUUCUCUUACGUGGGCUGCCUCCGGGCCCUGGCCCACUCAGGCCUGAGCCACAGGCGGAAGGUCAGGGCAGCCUGGGUGGCCGGUGGGGCCCUGCUCACGCUGCUGCUCUGCUUGGGGCCCUACAACGCCUCCAACGUGGCCGGCUUCCUGCGCCCCGACAUGGGGGCCCAGUGGCGAAAACUGGGGCUCAUCACAGGGGCCUGGAGUGUGGUGCUCAAUCCAUUGGUGACUGGCUACCUGGGAGCAGGUCCUGGCCGCGGGACGGUGUGUGUGGCAAGAAUGCAAGGAGGAACAUUCCAGAAAUAGCAGCUUCUGCUGGGAGAAAGGGGCUUCUCCAGGCUCCAUGU